AUGAAUCUCCGAGUGGGGAGGAACAAGCAAGAGUUCGAGGAGGUGUCAGUGGGCGGUGCUGUAUCUGAGGAGGCGAAGCCGACACCCGCACCAGGGAUCAAGCGUGAAGGGUUUUUAAGGAGUAGAAGAGAGAAAAGAAAAGAGAAGAAAGCCAAAAAGAAGAAAGAUGGAAGCCAAGAUAAUACCAGCAACAAGGAUGAAAAAUCUGAUAUUAAAGAAAAGGAAGAUGGUCAGAAAUCGAAAACUCCGACGCCAGAAGUGGAUGAGGAAGGGUAUUGCAUACGGCCCAAACUUGACCCCUGGGAUCACGAAAAAGGCAGCUUUUACUCCAGUUCCGACACUGAUUCUGAGGAUGAACGAGAGCAGAAGAUUCAUGUUGAGAUAAAGCCGUUGGGAAAUGGAACUGGGCCCAUCAGUGCUAGUGUGGACGAGCUUCGAGCUACAGUUGAGAAUAUUUCUCUUUCGCCCCUAGGAACAGCAACGGGAAGGAGAGGCUCCAAUGCUGAAGACCACACAAUGAAGAGGUCGCAGUCGGUGUCACAACAGAUUGGUGGAGGCAAGUUGAAUAAUGACUUGGUUGGAUUGAACCUGUUCCAAAGCCCUGUGGGGUCCAGUGCAUCCACCCCCACUGGAAGUCACCCCUACGCUCCCUUGCAGAGCCCCACUCUCACAUCCGCCAACAGCCCUGCACCUGUCAACAACAAUAGGUAUUCAGAUCUACAAGACCUGUUCCAAGAAGUGGGGGUGAUCCAGCCCAGUACUGUUGACACAAAACAGCGACAGACACCAACUAUAGAGCAACACCACCACCACGGUUACCAAUCUCCAGCAGUCUAUCACUGCUCAAAAAGCCAUACCCUGGAAUCCCGAAGUAAUCAGAAGAAACUGCAGGUGUAA